CUGUUCCUAAAACUGCUUUUUCAACGGAAGAUGGUCACUACGAGUUUCUUAGGCUCCCUUUCGGGCUGAAAAAUGCACCCCCAUUCUUUCAAAGAAAUAUGAAUAUAUUGUUUGCUAAAAUGCCGAAUGUAUUAGUAUAUAUGGAUGAUAUAAUAGUAUUCUCUGACAAUUUGGAAGAACAUUUGAAACAUUUAAAAUCUGUUUUCAAGAAACUACAAAAUCACAAUCUCAAAAUACAGCUUGACAAAACCGAAUUUUUCAAAAGAGAAUUGUUAUACCUUGGCCACAUUGUUUCAGAACGCGGUAUUCAACCCAACCCAGCCAAAUUGCAGGCCAUAAAGGAUUUUAAAAUACCUAAAACCGAAAAACAAAUCAAACAAUUCUUAGGGUUAACAGGCUACUAUAGGAAAAUGAUACAGAACUAUGCAAAAAUCGCAAAACCUCUGACUCAGGCAUUGAAAAAGGAUGUAAAGAUCGAUAUUAAUAAUACAGAAUAUGUAAAUGCAUUUGAGAAAUUGAAAACAAUGUUACAGAACAGUCCAAUAUUACAACUCCCUGAUUUCUCUAAACAGUUCAUUGUCACGACUGACGCGAGCAAUUAUGCUAUAGGAGGGGUAUUAUCCCAAGUUUUUGAAGGAAAAGAUCUACCAGUAGCGUAUGCUUCGCGAACUUUGAAUAAACAUGAGAUCAAUCUCUCCACCAUAGAAAAAGAGUUAUUGGCUAUUGUCUGGUGCUGUAAAUAUUUCAGACCUUAUUUAUACGGACGGAAGUUUCUCAUUCAAACUGACCACAAGCCUCUCCAGUGGCUUCAUAGCAUCAAAGAACCGAACUCGAAACUCAUUAGAUGGAAACUAUUAUUAGAGGAAUUUGAUUUUGAUAUUAUUUACAUAAAUGGGAAGACCAAUUACGUAGCGGACGCUCUGUCUCGUCCUAAUAAUGUUCACAUGAUGGAAAAUGAGGAAGAUGAUUUUUUAGGUUUUGAAGAUGGCUUUCGCGGGUUUGCGAAUAUUGCUACUGACCCCCACGAAACUGGUCUAGAAGAUGGCUUUCACGGUUUUGAUAAUAGUGCUCACGACCCUGAUCAUGAAUUCGAUGAUAUUAACGUGGACGAAUUGCUGCGAUUCAAUACUCGUACUGAAGCUCCCUCCAUAGACGUUAGUUCCCUUGAUGAAAUUCUCCAACAAAUAGAUAACCCGGCCGAAGGAACUGAUAAUGAUGAUAUUAUAGGUAUUGAUAAUAGAAAUGACGGCGUUGUAAAUAAUGAUGCUAAUGAAAACAUUGUGCGUGAUAUUGAUUAUGAAAAUGUUGUAAAUAAUAAUGAAAAUGGUAAUGAACCUGAAGAUGAUAAUAACAGUUUAGCCACAAUACAUUCUCAAGAGAGUUCAAACGAGCAAGUAACUAUUGCUGAUGACGAUAAGAUUCUGAAUGUAGAACAUAACCAAUUAGUACUUGAACGAGGUGACCAACCCCCUCGCUUGAUUAAGAUUUUUGAUAAAAAUAGAUUGAUUAUUUAUUUUAGGAAUGCUAAUGAUUACGAUGACAUGAAGGACAAAUGUAUAGAGUAUUUGAAACCGAAUACAAAGUAUGGAGUUUUCUGCUCGCGUGCCGGAGCCCUAUACGAUGAGUAUGAACGGAUUUUUAACAAUUUCAAGAACGUACUGCUAGAGACUUUUGAUUCGAUCAAACUUAAACGGUAUAAAAGAAUGAACUUAGAUGUGACACAAAAUGAUGAACAAAAUCAGGUAAUCUCUAAUUAUCAUGAGGGUAAAACAUUCCAUCGCGGUAUCAAUGAAUCUUAUAAUCAAAUACGACGUAAAUAUUACUGGCCAUCAAUGCUACAGGACAUGACUGGUUACAUCAAUAAAUGUGCUGUUUGCUUAAAGGUUAAAUAUGACGGGAGACCCGUUCGAGUUGACUAUAAAAUCACACCAACUCCUGAAACACCGUUCGAAAAAAUACAGAUUGAUUGCUUCCAAUAUGACAAAAUAAAGUUUUUAACGAUGACUGACUGUUUUUCCAAACGGCUAACGGUUCAUCCAAUAAAAAGUUUGAACCAAGUUGAUAUCCAAGAAUGCUUAAACGACUAUUUCUCUGCUUUCCCCAUCCCCAAAAUUGUACAAAUGGACAACGGACGUGAAUUUGACAAUGCAGGCCUACGUGAUUUCCUGAGACUUUAUGGCAUUGAACCAUAUUACGUUACUCCCGGACACCCAGACUCACAAGGUUUGGUAGAAAGGACUCAUUCUACACUUAUUGAAAUUCUGAAUGCCAUUCAACUUGAAAAUAAAACCAACACCACUGAAACUAAUAUGAAAUUAGCGGUAAUUGCCUUCAAUAAUACUCUAAACUCUACAUUGAAAAUGUCUCCUAUGGAAAUAACAUAUGGAAUAUCGAAUAACCCUUUUGUAAACGGAAUAACAGAGAGAUUAGUAACUGAACAACUGUCCCAACAGUAUCUUGAACGAGUCAACCUAGUGCAUAAAAUGAUUAAGAAUAAAAUUGAAGAAGAAAAACAAAAACGUACUGAGAAAUUGAAUGUUAAUCGUGAGAAGAAUGUUGAAAUUGAAAACGAGCCACACAUAAAAUCGACAUUUAAUAAGAAAACAAAACCGAAAUUCAUCAAAGUAAAUUACGAUGCAACACAGCAAUUAGCUAGGAGUCCUAAAGCUAUCCAAAAACGCCCUUUCAAAUUGCACCCUAACAGAAUGAAACGGCCUAAAAAACCGGUGAAGGGUAAGAAAAAGGAUUUAUUUGUUACAGGACGUGAUGGUACUGCCCCUAAUUCUCCUGUUGCUGGCCCCAGCAACGUCUUAUAAGAUGGUAGAUUUGAGCAGAACAUCUGGUA